AUGAAUGGGCGACGGAGCCCUCCUUUGCCUAACAGGAGGGUAGCUAACGGUGUGGAUCCUCUUCUUGCCAAUAACUCCGGUCCUCGGGCGUUUGAUUUACUAACUGCCACUGCGCGACUCUACGGUAGUAGCGGCGCAGGGCUUGCCUCCUUUCCCGGACUGAUGCUGCCGGCUGGCCAUUGCGUGCCCAUCCCGACCCGCCUGCCCUUCUGCAGCGUGCUGGGCACCCACCAUUUCAGAUUGCCGAAUUACCUCCACCACGGCAGCGAGGCAGAAAUUUGGGCGGCUUUGCAUGAGUGGGAGGGGCUGCUUGAAUCGCGGUGCCAUCACUACGUGGAGUGGUUUCUCUGCUUGCUCCUGCUCCCUGGCUGUAGCGCUUCGGUCCCCAUAACCCCUCCGCCGUGCCAGGGCUUCUGCCAGGCUGUCAGAGAUCGCUGUUGGACGCACUUGGCCGGUGGGCACCUGCCUCUGCCUUGCGAUGCUCUCCCUGAGGAGGACAAAGGGUAUUCUUGUGUCUUUAUUAAUGCUUCUGCAGAGAAUCUGAGCACCGAGGUCAGCCUCCUGGAGCUGAUCGGAGACCCCCCACCAGAGGAGAUCCUGAAAAUUUAUGGCCCCGACAACAACCCUGGCUAUGUCUUCGGCCCAAAUGCCAACACGGGCCAGGUGGCCCGGUACCACCUGCCAAGCCCUUUCUACCGGGACUUUUCUCUCCUCUUCCACAUCCAGCCCACCACCCCCCGGGCUGGCGUGCUCUUUGCCAUCACGGACUCCUCGCAGAGCAUCAUCUAUGUGGGUGUCAAGCUCUCAGAACUGCAGGCGGGCAAGCAGCAGAUCAUCUUCUACUACACAGAGCCAGGCUCGCCAAGCUCAUAUGCAGCAGCCACCUUCACCGUGCCCACCUUGCUCAACCAGUGGACACGCUUCGCCAUCAGCGUGGAGGAGGAUGAAGUCGUUCUCUUCCUGGACUGUGAGGAGCAUGAGCGGGUCCACUUUGAGCGUUCCCCGGAUGAGAUGGAGCUGGAAGAUGGCUCCGGGCUCUUUGUUGCUCAGGCUGGAGGAGCUGACCCAGAUAAAUACCAG